AUGUGUCUUUGGAGAAACUCUUCUUAUGAAUUUGAAUCCUUUGCACCAUCAAUUUUACAUCGUCUUGCGGUAUUCGAAUUGCCGAUUCAUCUACUCUCUGCUUAUGUGGUUUUGUAUAAAACCCCUUCUAGAAUGGGCUCGGUCAAAUGGAUGAUGUUUACGAUGCAUAUAUGCGGAGCCUACCUUGACCUAUUCCUAAGUGCUCUUUCUACUCAGUUUUUCCUUCUCCCGGCGGCUGCUGGACAUUCUCAAGGAGUCUAUACUCACCUAGGAAUGCCCGUAAGAUGGCAAGCCUAUAUGUUCAUUUCUGCAAUUUGUCUUGCUGGUGUUUCGAUUCUUGGAUUUUUUGAAAACCGUUACGCUGCACUUGUAAAAGGACGCGGCGCUAGUUUAAUUCAGGAAAAACAACGUUUGGCAUAUAUUGGUGGACAUUAUAUUUAUGCAUUCAUUUUUAUUCUGCCAAUCACGUUUACACCGCCUGAUCAGACAUAUGGAAAGCAAUAUGUAAAACAGAUGCUUCCGUGUCUGCCUCAAGAAAUAUUUGAUCAUCCGGAUUUUUACGUGUACGCCAUAGAAAUCACUCUACUCACUUUCAUUAUCGGCUCUGCGGCAUUUGUGAUAACUGGUGAAGUUAUAUUUUAUUUUACGAGAAUUGUUGUAUAUUUGUCCAGCACAAAAGCUAAAUCACAGAAAACGUAUAAGCUUCAAUUGCACUUUUUUAUUUGUUUAACUAUUCAAAUUACAAUUCCACUUUUAAUAGUAAUUGUUCCGAUUGUUUAUAUUGUUUUUGCAUUUGCAAAUAGUCAUUUUGAUCAAAUUCUCAACAACAUUUCGCUCAACAUAAUGGCUUUUCAUGGACUCAUUUCAAGUGCAGUUAUGCUUACCAUUCAUAAACCUUAUCGUAAAGCUGUUUUGAAAAUGCUUGGUUUCACCUAUAUAAAAACGAAAGUCAAUAGAAGCGCAGUACACAUGGAUGGAACAUUUGUUGUUGUGAGUAACAAUAGGUUUUAAUGGUAUGCUUGAAAUUUUGUUGGGUAUCUAUUUAAAAUAAUCUUUUGAAAGUGAAAAGUUUUGAAAUAAACUGUUAUAUCGUCUG